GUGUUGAGAUCCUUCUGCUGUAAAGUUCCGAAUUCGCCCGUCCCUGGUAUAGACACGUCUAGGUUACCAAAGGAGACCAAAAUCGGAAAAGAGCUGAUAGAACAUCUCGAGAGCAUAUCUCUCGUCGAUUUUGGUAAUGAAAAGGGCGUCAGGAUCGUUGAGGAAGCCAUCAGAUUCGCAGACCAGCUCACCGUCGUAGACACAGAAGGCGUACAACCCUUAACCUCCGUAUUGGAAGACAGAUCGCUUCCCCUCCGUGCCGACGUCGUGACUGAAGGAAACUGCCGCCCAGAUAUACUGGGCAAUGCGAAAAAGACGGACGAGGGUUACUUCGUCGCACCGCCUGGCAAUAUACCCCUGAAGCCGAAAGUAGAAAACCCGCUGAAAGAAGCCAAUAAUUAGAAAUAAUGCUUCGUCUAAGCCACGUACCCCGCCAGCUGUACGAAGUUGUCAAAUAUUUCGUCGAUAGUGGUUUCAUCAAGCUCAACGUCAUGAACAACAACGUGCAAAGAAUCACUUACGGCCCUUUGGGUGAAAUUCUGUUAGAAAAUAUUAGAAAAGAAUGGAUUUUCGGCAACAGCUCUUAUAGGGAGGACAACGUCUUUCCUUACCACUAUCGAUCAGUGAACGAAAUCCUGCCAGAUAUAAAAGAAGCAUUUAUAGCCGGGAAAGAAUUGAACGGCGGUGUUUUACCGUUUGGCCUUGCCGACUGUCGAAAAAUCUGCAGCGAUUUUAAAUCAUCGGAAAACGAUAUUUUUCAUCCUCGACACUCGAUUGAUCUUAGGUAUAUAGGAUUUUUCAAGCCAGACGAAGGGAAACAGUUCUUUUACCGUUGGGCACAACAAAGAAAGCGUUGGUGGAGGAAGUUUUCCAGUGACCCGGGAAAAUUUUCUCUCGGCGAGAUAGAAAAAGAUGAAACGUCGGAUAAAGAAGAGCUGAAAAUACUAGCGACUUUUCCUUGGGGCGUUCACAACAUUGAAUCCGUCAAGUUUUUAGGCGAUACCCCUUUCCUGAAUUGUGGCCGGCCCAGUCCUUUUAACAUUGAUUGUGAUGGUGAAUUAAUUUUCCCUCAUGUUAUUGAAAGCGUAUGCAGCCUCGAUUACGCGACAAUUAUUUACCUUUUGGACGCCUACGACCGGACGGACGAUUCGAAAGUAAUUUGCAGAUUCCACAGGAAGUUUGCUCCUUACAAAUUCGCCUUCGCCGCCCCGCCAGUCGACGAUCGAUUGGCUUUCGAGCUUUUUGAAAUGGGCCAAAUGUUGUGUUUUGAUGUAAUGAAGGCAGGUUUGAACUGUUUACUCCCUGUUCGAACACUAUUCGGGAAAGAGGAAUUGGAGAAACAACUCGAUAAAAAUAACUCGAUCGGGGUUCCGUACACCGCCGUCCUGACGGAUCAUACCUUAAAAACUGGCAUAUUUGGACUUUUCAGCCGCGAAACAACUCUACAGGAAGAAAUUCACAUUGAAAAAUUUAAGGACUAUGGUGCACUUCUGAUGAAAAAUUACUAGUUUUUGGAUGUAGUAUUCGUUCUAUACCAAAUAAAGUAUUUAUUUAAAUUA